GAACGAAACGAUAUUGUCAAAGUUGACAAAAGACUAAAACCACUGACGUCACUUUUGCCCGAAUUUGUAUAUUUAAAAUUUAGCUUAAUUUAAGAGAACUACGAUUACAUUUACCAUUCAUUAAACAUGGCAGACCCAAAAUACGAGAAUUUACCAGGCAUAGCUUACGACCAGCCUGAUGUGUAUGAAACCGGCGACUUGCCUGAAGCCGAUCAGCAGGAGCCCUUUGAGGAAGAAGAGAACGAAUGUAUUGAAACACUGCACUUGUCUGUGAAGGAUUCUUUCAAUAACUUCAAAGGGAAGUUUUUGACUGGUGCAGUAGAUUUCUCUGACCGUUUGAGCAGAAAAAGUAGGAUUGGAUACAGGGCCGGUGAAUAUGAGUUAGCGGCAGAAGGAGAACCUGAGACAGUCUUGGAGCGCUACAACAGACUGCGCUGCGAGUUCUCAGACUUGUUGGAACAAGUGGCUGAACAGCAGAAUAAGGCUACGGAAAGUGAGAAGGAUGAGUACUCCCGCCUGGCGACUCAAAUAAACGCAACCAAGAAGAUUUUGGAAGAACUGAAGCUUGAGGAAGGUGAACAUGUUGACCCCACAGCUGAAAAACUCAAGGAGUAUUUAGCUCAGGGCAGUAAGAAAAAGCAACCUGGCGUAGCGACUGCUAGUCUCAAGCUGAAGCCGGAGGUCAACCUCGGGCAGACCACUCGCAUCGCCCAGCUAGAACACAGGUUACACAAGUUGGAGCAAGCAGCCGGCGUAAGGGACGAAGAGGCUUUCCGAAGACUGCAGGCUGCAACCGGAGAGGCGACGCUAUGCGGUGCGGCGGCUACACUAGCGGCACAAACCGCUCUGCUGCGACCCGCGGAGCUCGCGGCAGCGGACGCCCGCGCCGCCUCGCUGCUCGCCAACGUCGAGGCCAUACGCGCCGCCCGCCCCUCCGACCCCGAGCUCGACGCCAAGGUCAACGAGUUAUACAAAUUAGUGCAGCAGAUCGACGGAAUAUCACAUUCAGAGAUCCUUGAGAGAAUGGAAGCCCUCGAGUCUCUCCACAACCAAGCGAGCAAUUUCGGCAAAUCCCUAACGGAGCUGGAAACCCUACAGAGCACCAUCGCGUCCGGCGUCAAAAACAACAAGGAACUCUUGCAGGGCGUACAAGAGGUGUUCGCGCACAACAUCGACAGCCUUCAGAAGGAGAUCAAAAAACUGGACGACCGCAUCGGCAAGCUCACCGCGUGAUGAGGCAGCCGCGAGAUUACAAUGGCAACUAUUGUUUAAUUUAUUUUUAAAUAGGCUUUUAGCGUGUGUAUUAGCUAGCUGCAACGACCUGGCAAGCGGUGUGGAACCGUCGCUCAAAAUCCUUGUAAAGUGCGAGUCCGUUUAACUAGUGCUCCGAGGGUUCCGUACAAACUUUCAAUUAUCUCAUCUAAAAAUAAACACAGGCUUUUGACCAGAAGUAUACCUAAUUGUGAAGAGCGCCAGCUAUCGGUAAAUUGGCAAACUAUUUUGCGCGAUCUGUGUGUAUGAUUUUUUAAUGUGAAUUUUAUAUUAUGUGAACCAAUUUGAACGAUUUUUGUUUUAUUUGAAAGAACGUGUUUUUUAUGUAAUCUCAGAGAAAUUUCAAGUAUAAUAAACACCCAUAAAUUGCAAAUAAAAUUAGAAAAUAUUUUUUGAUAGUUAAAGAAAGUUAUCAAGAGAGAGGUGUGAUUAUAUUUUUCUGUAAUAUUUGUGUUAAUAUUAAUGUCAUGUAAAAAAUUGGCCGUUUAUCGAUGGUAAACUUCGGAGAUAAGAGGGGUGGAAUAGUAUUUUAUUUUGUAUUCCUUAAAAAAACCCGCUAUAAAAAAUGUUUUGGAAUGGUCAAUUUAAGCUUUUUCAAUUGAUAGCCCACGUGAUAUCUACCCCCUAGUACCUAAAACCUUAAAAUUUUUGCCCCUUCUUUAUAUUGGGAAUUUUCUAUACUUAAUACAAAAAAAAGAAUACUUCCAACCCAGACAGGGUUAGCGUUGUUCAGAACUAUUCCAAAUUUCAAAUCGAUAGCUCAUGUAUUAUAGUUCUCGAGAUAUGUCCGUCCGUUUGUAUGGCAAUAUGACAUACAAACGGACGGACGGAAAGAGCCGCACCAUAAGGGUUCCUUUUGUACAUUUUUGGCACGGAACACUUAAAAAAGACAUAAUAAUUACCACACAUCUAACUGCUUGGUCGGUGCAGUCAGCUUGGACACUUUUACUGCAAAAUGAAGCGGGCAACUAAUGGGUGAUCUACUCUUAGUUCAAAGUAAGACCAUUUAGAUGCACCUUCUGUAAUGAUAUCGCAACAAAUAGUUUGUUACAACGCGGCUAGAUAUUAUAUUACAUUUUCAUUCACUGUAUAGUUCGUGUCAUCCACGAUGACGCGCAGAUUUGUCAAAUCUAACCUUUAAUAACAUGACCAUACGAGUCAAGGCACUCUUCACAAUAGGCGGGUCCACACAGAGCGAGCAAGGUAACGCGCGCGCUGCCUCGGCCGAGGCACGUCUACAUGAGCCAUUUGCCGCGCGAGAGAAUUGCCUCGCGACACUGCUCGCUCUGUGUAGACCCGGCUAAUGACACGAUCUAUAAGUGUUAUAUUGGAUUACGAAAAUAUUGUUGCUCAUUGUAAUCUUGCGUAUAAGUCGGGUGUUACCAUAUUUACCUGCACUGUAUUUUAAUUUCAUCCUAAACAUAAGUAUUUUUAGCCGCCGCCGCAUUUAUUUACAUAAUGGUGCCAUGGCCAAGACCAGAAUUCUGAUUUAUUUACUUUAGAAGAUACGAUAAUAUAACAUAAUACAUAUGACGAUCCGAAAAAAAUAUAUCACCAUUAAUAUAAUUAUUCAUGUUUAACGCAACUGUCAUAUUAUUGUGACUAUUUAUGUAAAAUACACCUAAAUGCACUGCGAUUAAGUUGAAUUUUGUCAACUUUUUUUCUAUAAAUUAGGUGUAAGGUGCAGUGAACUCUCCGGAAUAAGCCUAGUAUCACUAAAAUAUAAAGAUAUCAGUAUCAAAGUGUUUGUGCAACUAUAAAAUGUAGGUAUUAUAAAUAUACCUUUACUUCGCAAGGCUUUUUUUUUCUAAAACUUAUGACAUUUUUUAAUGGAAUUAACCGCUCAUUAUUUUUAUCAAUGCUGUUGUAAUGUAUCAUCAGGAUUAUAUUGCUUAAGAAAAUAAUUUAUUAUAAAGCAAUUUAUAAAGCUUA